AUGGUGUUCAAACCAUUCACCCAUCUCGCGCGUCAAAGUUUCACCAAAGCUUUCACCCAUGGUUAUGCCCAAUCGGUAGUUGCGGCGUCGCAGUCGUCCUAUGCGUCGUCCACCACCUUCAACCAACUCGCAAACCAACCCGCGAAACUCUCCCGUACUCAGCUUCAGAAUGUCUUUCAGCCGUCGAGUUCUUCAUCUGGUGCCGGAGCAAAAGCUAGCCAGGGUGGUGGAGGCUCGGGUGAUUGUGGCUUAGCGGCAUACUAUGCCGCCUGGCAACACGCCCAGCAAACCGGUGACGAUAGCGAUUGGAAACAGUUUCAGAAUAAACGACGAAUUGGUUGGAAACCGAACCCGAACGAUGUCAUAAAAUCGAAGAAUGGAGAGGGCCAGAAUCUUCCAUCCGACUCUCAACACGAUUUCCGUGAAUCGCCCCGCGUUAACAAAGCUUCCGCCAACGAGGAUGUGAGCGCCAAGGUCGAGGAAGCUGUGGCCCGAGAGAUUCAGAUCCAGGAGGAGCAGGCACAAGCGGAGGAGUCCGUUGAUGCCAAGGAUGACUCGGGUGUCGAGGCGUUCCCCGACCUCCCGGAGGAGGAGGCGGUCAUCUCCAACCUCGCUUCGGACAAAGCACGUGAUGGUUCGGACCGGAUUGUUGAGUUGGCUUCGGGUAACAAAUAUGCUGAGAUCCCAGCUGCCUUUGAGACUUUACUCAAGGAGGGAUUGACCCCCACAGUGGAUGCUUACAAUGCUCUGCUGGAGGCGGCUAUUUGGCUCCAUACCGAUGCUUCUCAGGCCAUUCCGAAAGCGCUUGAUGUCUACUCGGACAUGCUUCGUCGUAGGGUAGUACCCGAUGAAGAUACGUACCGGACUCUGGUUCAGUUGUUCGUUACUCGCGCUCACGAUGCCAUCGAGGCCAAGGGGGCGCUGGAACACGACCGAGUUCGCUACGGUGGCAUGGAGGAGCCCGGUAAGUUCAUGCUUCACUCGAGUGAAUUGGAGCAUGAUUUGCUCGUUGAAGACCAUUCACUUGGUAUCGCCCUGAAGCUCUUCAACACUGCGAUUACCCGUCAUCCCAACCUCGUGUUCCCGUCCGACCUAUACCCCCGCCUGGUUACCGCAUGCGCCAAGGAGGGCAAGGUUGAGGAUAUGGUUCGCAUCUACGCCCACAUGGAAAGCCAUAAAGUGACUCCUCAUGCAUCGAUCUUCCCGUCCAUGAUUGAGGCUUUCGCUUCGAUGGGAGAUCUGCAGAGCGCCGUCGAGUGUUACAAUGAAUACCGAACUCUCGCUGUUUCGGACGAUAACGGUGUCUUCAGCGUUAUCCAGCGUCUGGAUGGUGAGGUUUACGCCGCUGUGAUCCGGGCUUAUCUGUCCUGCGGCAAAGAGGAGGCCGCUCAGCGCUUCCUCGAACGUAUCCGUUCGUCCUUUGAAGUGGCCGAAAACCGCGAGGCUCGUCAGGACGCUGUUGAGUCGGUCAUUGCGCAGAACGCCACGGUCCGUCACUAUCUUCAAUCGGGCCAGCAUGAGAAGGCUCUCGAGGAGGCCAAGGCGCAGUUGAAGGACGAGACAUUGGUCCAGGCGAUGACAGAAAUCUGUGUCACAGCAGCCGAUGCUGGAAGCAUUCAAACCGCCACUGAGGCAUACGAUCGCCUCCCGUCCGAAGUCCAAGCCCGCCAGCGACCCGCGAUUUCAAUGCUGGCGUUGCAUGUUCGCCAAGGCAAUGUGCCGGCGGCCCGGCCCUUCUGGCGUCUGCUGACGUCCGCGGGUCAGGCAACGUCGGACAUGGUCCAACCGACGGUCAUGUAUUCGGUGGCCCUGCUGAAGAGUGGCCAGAUCGACGAGGCUUUAGUCGAGGCCCGCAAUAUGUUCGCUCGCAUCCGCUCUGCCGUCCCCAACCUCAACAACAACUUGGUCGUCUCCGUUCGUGAACAGAUCAACGAGUCUAUCGAUCUCAUCGGUCGGGUCCUGAUGCAGAAGAUGGGCCCUGCCAUUCCUCCUCAGGCGGCCAUGGUCCUUCUCUGGUCUAUGGUUGAGAAUGGAGGAUUGUUGUCGCCAGUAGCAGACCACGCGGUCGCCAGCCUGGGUCCUAUGGCCAUCUCUCAGCUCGUCCCUCGCGACCUGCUUCUUGUCCUUCAAGUCCAGGCUGGUAUGCUGAUCAACAACCGCGCCAUGCCCUUCGACGGCUCCCACCAGGUCCGUUUUGCCCACCUGCUUGAGGUUGCCAUGUCCAUCGGUCUUCCACUGGAUCAAUUCACAAUUGGCCUCGUUGACCAGGCUGCUUCCAGCCUGCUCACCUGCCGUCCUGAUGUGGUCCAGCGGUGGCAUGAUCACCUGGGUUUGACGUCAAGCCCGUCGUCCUUUGUCUCCGACCGUCGCACCCCGGUAUCGGAGCCUUCCACUGCGAUGAGCUCCAUGCCUGAGGAUUCUUUCGACCCUUACGCUUAUGCUACCGACUUCCGUGGAUCUACCCUCAUUGCCGAUCAGUUGGAGAGCGCUGGCCGUCUUGAAUCUCACCUGAACGAUGCGUUGCUCCGCCUCAAGAACAUGCGCCGCGCUGGACGCCACCCUCGCUACAUCACCUACGCCAAAAUGAUCACCGCCGCCGCCAAGGUUAAUCGCGUCGAUCUCGUCCACGAGAUUUGCUCCAUGGCUCGACGUGAUGUGCCACUUACUGCUCAGUACCACGCGGUCAAGUACGGAUGGGUCUCGAUUUUCGAUGCCAUGGUUGCUGCCUGUCUCACCCUUGGGGACCGGAAGCUGGCUUCGAAGUUCCACCAGGAGCUUCUGGAGCUUGGUGCUGCUCCUUCGGCCAACACCUUCGGUCUCUACAUUACGACUCUCAAGGAAUCUACUAAGACGUUCGAUGAGGCUACUGAAGCCUUGAAGAUCUUCCACCGUGCUGUCGCCGAGGGCGUCGAGCCGACUUCCUUCCUGUACAAUGCGCUCAUUGGCAAGCUUGGCAAGGCUCGUCGGAUCGAUGACUGCCUAGUGUACUUUGCUGAGAUGCGUGCCAACAACGUCCGCCCCACCAGUGUGACCUACGGUACUAUCGUCAACGCACUGUGCCGUGUCAGCGAUGAGCGCUUUGCUGAAGAAAUGUUCGAGGAGAUGGAGUCGAUGCCCAAUUACAAGCCCCGUCCGGCCCCAUACAACUCGAUGAUCCAGUACUUCCUCAACACCAAGCGCGACCGCAGCAAGGUUCUUGCCUACUAUGAGCGCAUGCAAUCCCGCAAGAUUGCGCCCACGAUGCACACCUACAAGCUUCUCAUCGAUGCGCAUGCUUCUUUGGAGCCGGUUGACAUGGCUGCCGCCGAGAAGGUGUUGGAGACCAUCAAGGCGACUGGUCAACACCCUGAAGCCGUCCACUACGCAUCCCUCAUCCACGCCAAGGGAUGUGUGAUGCACGACAUUGAUGCAGCGCGCGAGGUCUUCCAGUCCGUCGUGUCGAAUGGCAAGGUCCGUUUACAGCCCUGUCUGUACCAGGCCCUCCUCGAGGCGAUGGUGACCAAUCGUCGGGUGCACGAGACCGGUGAUAUUGUGCAGGACAUGUCCAACCGCAAGGUGGACAUGACUGCCUACAUUGCCAACACCUUGAUCAACGGCUGGGCUGCCGAAAGCAAUGUUGCCAAGGCCAAGGCUAUCUAUGACAGCAUUGGCAUUAACAAGCGUGAGCCUAGUACCUACGAGGCCAUGACCCGUGCUUUCCUGGGUGUUGAGGACCGCGAGGGUGCCUCUGGCAUUGUCAAGGAGAUGCUGUCCCGCGGAUACCCUCCUGCCGUGGCCAACAAGAUCCUGGAUCUGGUUGGUGAAACUGCUCCUGCCACUGCUGCCAUCUAA